AUGGAAAAGGACCUAAGAUUUCUGAGGAUCGGGUCCCUGAACGUGCGCGUUAAACGGACCACGGAGGCGUUCAGCAACUUCCUGGGCGUCGGACACAACGCGGAAAAGAUCCACAAGACUUGGGGCUCUGCCGACAACAUACAACAGAACGACGCCAAGAGAAUGCCCCCUCCGAAAAGCGUUGCGAUUAAGAAGAGGAAGUCCAAGCGGCCACAGGACUUUCUGAGGAGGGCCUCGGCCCCGGCCGACCGGUCGCCAGACAAGAGGAAAUCUGCGGAAAUCGUCGUCACUGGCGACUCGGACUCGGACACGGCCUGCGGAUUCGGCACGAAUUGGCAUCAACCGUCGUGA